AUGAUCUUCACGCUGCGACAGUUACAAGAAAAAUGUCGUGAGCAACACCACCCGCUCUAUUUGGCCUUUAUCGACCUAUCCAAAGCCUUUGAUCGUGUCUCGCGUGAACUCCUCUGGGAUAUUCUCGUUCAAAAGGUUAUUGUUGUCAUUAAUGUUGCUGUCGCUGUUGUUGCUGCGAUCCUGCUCGGUGCUGCUGAUGUUGCUCGCAGUGGAAGUGGCGGCGGCGGCGGUGGUGGCGGUAGCCUUGUUGUUUGUGAUGUUGGCGAUGGUGUUGAUCUUUGCACUCUUGUAGCAUCGCUAACGGGAUUUAAAAUCUUACGGUGUCCAAAAUAUCUUCUGAAUAAGUGCAGAGAACAAUUUGCUCCAUUUUGA